AUGGCUUCGUUUUUCCCUCGUGCAGCUUCCCGAGCUCUCCGUCCUUCAGCGCGUCCUGCCCUGAGGGUACAGCGCCCUGCUGCCCCACUAUUCCGUCGCGGACUCGCGCUUCCUGCUGAGCAGCCACGACUGAGGCUGGGAUCCAUUGCGCCUAACUUCCAGGCGAAGACUACUCAUGGCGACAUGGACUUCCACAAAUUCUUGGACAACAAGUGGACUAUCCUGUUCUCGCAUCCUGCAGACUUCACUCCUGUUUGCACAACUGAGCUUGGAGCCUUUGCGAAGCUCAAGGAUGAGUUCGAUGCGCGAGGCGUCCAGAUGAUUGGUUUGAGCGCCAACGACCUAAGCUCGCACGACCAGUGGAUCGACGAUAUCAACGAGACCUCCAACACCACGGUGCAAUUCCCAAUCAUCGCCGACGCCGACCGCCACGUCGCUUUCCUCUACGAUAUGAUCUCGCAAGACGAUCUCGAUGCGCUUCAGAAGAACGGUGGCAUUGCUUUCACGAUCCGCUCCGUUUUCAUCAUCGACCCAGCGAAGAAGAUCCGCCUUACAAUGUCAUACCCCGCGAGCACAGGCAGAAACACUGCGGAGGUCCUGAGGGUCAUCGAUAGCUUGCAGACAGGAGACAAGAAGGGCAUCGCUACACCCAUUAAUUGGGAGAAGGGUCAAGACGUCAUCGUACCACCCAGCGUUAGCACUGAGGAUGCCAGGAAGAAGUUUGGCGAUGUUAGGGAGGUCAAGAAGUACUUGCGCUUCACCAACGUCGGACAAUAG